CCGAACUAAGUCGGUUCCAUUGACGAAAAAAUACGAUCUUUUAUUCACGACUUCUCUCGUUUUCUCGUUUUUUGAGAAAGGGGACUGUACAUCUCAAAACAGCGCCUAGAACUUGAACUUUUCAAAGUUACCCUUCUUAUGAAGAAUGGUAGAUAUCAUUACAUCUAACCUUUUCUAUCCAAGCAGCAUGGACAACUUUUUACAGUCGAAUUACGGGUCUUUGGAUUCCCUAAACGACAUCGAAUUAUUCGAUCCGAACGUUCUUGGCACGCCUACCCCAACUAACAAGAUUUCAACUCCUAACUUGAAUUAUUCAUCAUAUUCUUCUAGGACUCCAGUUCCAAUAGACUUGUCGACAGACGAUCAAAAUACUUCGCUUCUUACUCGAAACCCGCAAUCAUCUCAAAGCCGUCAUUUCACUUUUGAUUCAACAGUUCAGCAAACUGUAAUUUGUCAAAAUUCUUUCUUCAAUCAACAACCCCAACUCAGCUAUAGUUCUUCGAACUUGUCCUGCGCCGAGCCCAUUACUAACAUAUCUUUACCACCGGCAGGUUUCGAAUAUCACCCUGAAAGCUCAAAAGACAUUAGCCCGCAAUUUUCUGUACAAAAUAUUGACAAUAAUUUCAUCGACGAUCUUCAUUUGAAAAAUGAACCAGACUCAACUAAUGUUUUCCAGGGAAAUGUUUUUUUUCCCAAAAGCUACGCGGCCAUGGAACCUGAAGAAGCUCGACGGAGUACCUCGAAAGAAAGUUUUCCCGCUUUGCAGUUAAACGAAAGUGGAAAAACCGUUGAAAAUCGGGAUAAAAGAGCAGUGCGGAACAGCACUUCUACACUAUGUGAUGUGGAUUCCCCUGAAGUUCUUGCAAUCUACGAUUCUUUCAAGCAACUUGCGUCUCAAACUGAGGAAAAGGAGAAAAAUGCACUUUUCAACCAGCCACCUCAGCAGAGCAUUUGUUCCACAUCAAGUCAAUCUAACUAUGCAAAUACAUCAUCAACUUAUUGCAUUGGCAGUUCUGUGAGCCGUUCUUCGUCUUUCGAAGAAACCGCCUCAGCUUCCACUUCUUUACCGACAACUUUCACAACUGGACAACAUCAAGCUGGUUUAUCAGCUGAGAAUAUGUUACAGCGCCAGCGAAGUAAAAGUCUGGCUCACGUUUUCUACAAUAAUCCCAGCAGUCAAAAUGCAAUUUUGUCAUCAUCAAAUAUUAUUACUACGUCAUCGAAUUCGAAUAAUUUCCAUUUAUGGAGUGAUACCAUUGUUAAACCCGACAUGGACGCAACUAUUGUUAGCACUCGGAAUAGUUUCAGUGGGGUUAUACCAGUGACCCAAACGUUCUCAACUUUCUAUCAGGGCACAUCUCAAAGCGUUCAGGGAUCUUACUCGUCCAGUUUAAACACGACUCCCAGUCCACAAUGCAGUUCCGAUGUUUCCGAUACGACUAACUCUUCGGCUCCCGACAACAAUCUGCAACCGCAAACUUUCAGAAUUUUUUCUGAAACUGGCGGUCCAAUCACAACUGCGGAAGUCAGUUCGCCAUAUCGACAAGCUCUAAGUCAGAUCGCGUCCGCAGAACGAAUCUACUUGAUAAAACCAAGAAAACCUGCGAAUCGAGUCACGAAAGUUCCCGAACAAGACCGGCCAUAUAAAUGUAUUAUUGCAGAGUGCAACCGAAGAUUCAGCCGAAGCGACGAGUUAAACCGACAUACCAGGAUUCACACUGGCACGAAACCUUACGAGUGCAAAAUUUGUUUCCGAAAGUUCACUAGAUCCGACCACUUGACGACUCACAUGCGUACCCAUACCGGUGAAAAACCAUUCAAAUGUUCACACUGUGAGAAAUCAUUUGCACGAAGUGACGAGAAAAAACGACAUGAAAAGAUACACUUCAAAAAACCGAAGGACAAAAGCCGACGAAGAAAAUCCACUUCCAAUAGCGUAACAUCAGUCGAUUCGAGUGCAGAUCAGCAAAACCUGUUUGGCAUCAGUUUCACGGAAGAUUCUGAAAUGGAUUGUGACAAUAGUGCGAUCGCAAAUAGCCAAAGUGUAAAUGACUUAAUGACAUUUCAGUUGGCAAGUACCAAUGUUACGUCUGCUAAUUACAUAACAACUUGUGAAUCAAUUUUCUCCGGGAAUGACAUUUCGUUUGCAUCGACUAAUGCCCCGAGUAAGUUCUUCAACUAUCAACAAGUUCCAGGUGCCACAUCUGGAAACAGCAAUUCAGCUAUGGCUAGAAGUAGCUCCAUGAUCCAGAAUAGUCCAAUGAGACAUCAUCCAAAUUUGGAGAACAGAUUUUCUCUUUGAGUUCUGAAAAAGCUGAUCAUGAUUGAUUUGAAUUUUUGAACGGACUCUCUUAUAGUUCUGCUGCCAAUUUUAUGCUAAUCAUAUGCUGCUAAACGUUGACAUGGUAUUAAAUGUUUAUACGUUGUUAACUUAUUAGCUUACACUAAAAUCGUGACAUUUCAAGAAAAUCAAUAUGAUCGAUAUCAGUCAUAUCAACUUUUGUAAGGAAGCUACAGUGGAUUUGAGAUUACACAGAGUCUACUGCUAUUGAAUAGUUACGGAGCUGUUAAUCUGACCAUCCAUGUGUGUCAAAUAUAUUUUUAUAUUUCAACGUUAAUUUAUUUUAGACAAUAUUUGUAUUUUCAACCCAUAAUAUUUAAUUUUCUAUAAAUGUUUUCACUUGCCGUCCAUCUAAUUUGCUCGAUCUAAUUUAUUAUUUUGAUUAAA